UUUAUCUUCCUUCUAUUUACUUUAUAAAAUGUAAUAUAUAUCAUUAUUACUGGUUGUUGGAAUUUUCUCUUUCUCCUUGAUACUCUUUUACGUAUUUUAGUACAAAUUGGCAUGGCUUUGCUAGAUAUGUUAUUUCAGGGUAGUGAUUCCAAAUCGUAUUGGAUUUCUGUAAUUGCGACACAUGUAUUUAAUGGAGGCAAAGAAAAGAAAAGAAGGUAAGAUUGGACCUCGCAUGAGGAUGAAUCUGAAUCUGGAUCACUUCGUGGAAGAUGUAAAAUUGUGUAAACCUUCACAAUAUGCAAUAUAUAAUAGAGAUGGUCUCUAUGAUACACUUCAACAUUUUCGUUGGCCAGAGAAUUUGGGUUGGUACUACAAGCUUUCUCUUGACAUUCAUCAAGAGUUAGAGGUGGAGGUGAAUUACCUGACUCGAGAGCUUGCUAAUUUAACACAGGGAUCAGACGGAACAAGUCAGGCCUUUUCAGAAGCUGGAGGCAAUAUGUGGCUCCUUUUUCUCAGGCCACCUGAUUACCUUGCUGAGAUGGUUAAAUCAGACCCUCAUAAGGUGAAGGUGAAAGCCGGAUAUUGGCUGACAAAAAGAGGCAUUGAUGAGUCUAAGCAAAGAAGGAAGGAUGGAGAAGCAAACAGACCUGCUAAAGUGAUUCAGGCAGAGAAGCUGAAAGAAAGAGCAGCAUAGAAAAUGAUGGAAGAGAAUGUUUAGAAGUGGAGGAAGCAGACGCAGAUAAAGUGCGAGACAGGAGGGAAACAAUAAAAAGGGAAGCAAGAGACUCCAAAUCUGUAUUUGUAGGAAGGAAAAGGCGGCCUGCUAAGAACAAGGAAGAGGUCAUAUGCUAGUGCUUGUUUUAUCUAGAAUACGCCAAUUUGUUAAUAGCAUUAAGCUCCUCUUAUAUUCUCAUUCAGAACUGUAUCAGUUCUAUUUCUGGUUACUUCACAGUAUGCAGCGGCUCCUGAUCUCACUGUUGACAUCAUAGCUUGAGUAGAGAGAAUAUCUGAUGUUACAGCAAUUUUUUGAGUAGAAAAAGGAAAAGGAAAUAUAAACGCUAAUAGCAUUAUACUUUAUAUGCUAUCUUCUAUCUGUUGCAUCUUUGUGGAGGAUUAACUCGCCAUCCAAUCAAAGUCAAACCAGCUAUUUGUUUCUCCAACCACGUUAGUUUUUUUUAUUUAUUAAUUAAUGUACUUGGUGUUUCUUUAUACUAUCUGAGUUUUUUAAUCAAUAUUCUUCAAUAAAGUCAAUCACAUUGGAUGAGAGAAUCCCAGGUCAUCUGGGGUUUUAAUGACUAUCAUCUAGCAUGUUGUUAUUAUUAUAAUGGGUCAGAACAGUUUAAUUCAUGGUUCUCUUUUUCUCUA